GUACCAAGUACCAAUCAUGACAACUAGCAACCCCCAAGUGGGGUGGAUAGGCCUCGGAAGUAUGGGUCUGGCAAUGGCCCAAAAUGUCCAACAAUUCCUCCACCGCGAAAAGAAACCAGGCUUGAGAUUUUGGAACCGGACAGCGUCCCGUGGCGCACCACUUGAAUCAAUUGGAGCUGUCGGUUGCCACUCUAUUGCCCAGCUUGUUCGGCAAUGUGAUCUCGUGUUCAUAUCUACCAGCGACGAUGUGGCGCUAGUUUCUAUCAUCGACCAGAUUUUAGCUGUGGAAGAUAUAGACGGCAAGGUAUUCGUGGAUACAACUACAGUUCAUCCAAGUACUUCCAAAACUACAAGCGAGAAACUGACACAGCGGAAUUCAUCCUUCGUCGCCGCACCGGUAUUCGGAGCCACCCCAGCUGCACAAAAGGGCCAAGUCCUCAUGGCGAUGAGCGGACCUAGCAAAGCCAUCGAAUUAGCCUCGCCAUUUGGAAAAGGUGUCAUCGCCCGUGAGGUUAUGAUUGUAUCAGAUGAACCUGAAAAAGCUACUCUACUCAAGGCUUUGGGUAAUUUCAUCGUCGCAGGAACAAUGGAAAUUGUAGGCGAAGCCCAUGUGCUCGCCGAAAAGAGCAAUCUCGGCAGUGGGACACUGGAAAAGCUACUCGAGUUGAAUUUUGGGAGUUUGGCGUAUUCUGAUUCAACGCGUAUGACGCAGGGAGCGUAUAUGCCUGGAGAGGGCCAGUUGCCAUGGUCCAAUUUGAAUUUGGGUAUCAAGGAUGUGCAGCAUGGUAUUAGUUGUGCUCGAGACGCUGGAACGAGGUUGAAGGUUGCGGAAGUGGCACUGGAGCAUAUGCUUCGGGCUAAGCAGUUCUCGGAUGAGAAUGGUGGUCGUCCUCUGGAUUCAUCAUCUGGGUAUGGUAUCAUUCGCCAGGAUGCGGGUCUUGACUUUGAGAAUGAGUUUGUGAAGAGUCGGGAUGGGAAUGGAAGAAGGAAAAGCUUCUAGUUAUAC